AUGGGGAACGUCCGGCCGUCGGCGACCGCGGUGCUGCGUGAGCUGCCGCGCAAGGGACAGGGCGCAACGCAGGCGUACACCGUCGCCACAAAGGCUGAGGAAAACAGUGGCUGGGCUCCCAUCCGCAUCGCGGUGUCCACGGAGGAUUUGAAGGACACCAAUAAAUACUGCACCAAAGAAGGUGAAAUGAAACCAGACUUCAGAGGACAGAAUUCACCGUGCAAGAAGGCUGAUGUUUUGACCCCGGAUAUGAUAAAAACCAUUGUGGAUGAGAUUCUUCCUGUGGCCGUCGGACUGCACGCGGAGCGUUUGCUCGUUCAGCGCGUGAAGACUCCGUUUGUUGUGCUCCCGUUCACAGAGAAGCAGGGGAACUGCCAAUACUUCAAGGUCCCCGAAGCUCAUCAGAAGACGGGAGUGACGGACGCGGACAUGGUGCUCUAUGUGGCUUCCGGACUGGAUGACAGGACGUGGGCUGUCCCGUGUAUGUUCGGGGAGGACGGUCGUCCAAUUGCCGGUGCCCUGCAUAUUAUGACUAUGCCUUUUAAUAUCUUUGGCGUCAUGCACCCUGCUCGCGCCACUGCGCAUGCAAUCGCCUAUGCUCUUGGCUUCAACAAGGAAGAGAUGAUGAAGCACGACAUGCUGUUGAACGAGACUGGUGUGCGCGGCGGCACCUCUUCCGUGACGGUGGUGAAGUCACCUGUUACGCUGAACAAGACGAAGCUGCACUACGGCUGCGACACCAUCCCGGGCAUGGAGCUGUACAAUCAUGAUGGGGUGUACUUGUGGUCGUUGCGCAAUGCGAAGGACGAGUUGAUGAGCCUGACUGGGGAAAGAGCCGCCGGCUACUACACUGCACUGACGAUGGCGGCGUUUGAGGACCUCGGCUACUACAAGGCCGUGUGGGGGAUGGAGGAGCCGAUGGCGUGGGGCAGAAACUCCGGAUGCAACUUCCUGGAUAAGCCGUGCUCGGAGGAGACUCCCACCACUUACCCCGACAUGUUCUGCGAUAAAAAAGAUUUGAAUUUGCUUCGCUGCACGUCCAACCGUCAAGCCAUCGGGACAUGCUUUUACAAUGCUGUUGCUAAAGACAAUGGUGGCGAAAAGGAGAUAUGCAAUUAUAUUCUCCUGCCUGGUAGUAAUUCACACAAUAUGUUUUGCACACUGGAAGGGGUCGGCUCUCUACCAGGGUCCCUCCGUGGAAAGGGCUCGUGGUGCCUCGAUGCAGAACCAGUCACGUUCCAGACUAAAGACAACCCCUUGUUUAAGCAGCUUAUCAUGCAGGCGGUGUGUGCGGUGGUGCAGUGCGAGGGGGGCAAGGUGAAGGUGAAAUACCUCGGCGGGAGUGAUUUUGAGCUGUGCCCCGAGGGGAAGUCUAUCACGCCCAAAUCGCCGCACUUCAAGGACGGCAGAAAGAUCAAGUGCCCAAGGUACGAGGAGGUGUGCACCAUCGCCGCCGAUGGCAGAAGCCUCAUCAACCCAAAGAAAGGCGGUCACGAUGGCUGUGCGGCUGUUUUUGUUCUCUCCAGUCUUCUUCUCGCCGCGAUCGCUGCCGUGGUGGCGGCGACGGUGCCGCUUUGA